GCGCCAACAAGAGAUGCCGAGCUUUGGUUCGAGGACGGGAACCUCGUCCUCAUAGCUCGAGAAGUCGAGUUCCAAGUGUACAGGGGGACCCUCAUGAAGCACUCGCCAAUCCUCAAGGACAUACUUUCGCAAGCGUGUCCAGAGAUCUCCCCUGAACUCGGGCUCAGUUGCAACGUGGAGAAACGCAGUGACAGAGAUUACACCGUCAUGCGCUUAUCAGACUCCCCCGAAGACCUCAGACAUUUCCUCCGCCUCUUCUUCUCAGGAAGCGCACUCAACGUUUGGGCGCUAGAGCCAACCAUCCACCAGCUCUCCGCUUACAUCCGCCUCGGUCUGAAGUACCAAUGCGCGCAGGCGGUCGAUCUCAGUCUAGGCUACCUCAAGAAAUGGUACACGGACACCCGCGACGCCUGGUUCGGCGUCUCCGACCUACAUCCACCCAAGUUCGAACCCGUGCACACCAUCGCCGUCGUGAACCUCGCACGCCUCGCGGGCCCCGCCGGCGCCCCCAUCCUCCCCGCCGCGCUCAUGGUGUGCUGCAUGCUCGAGGCGGAGGUCGUGAGCGGGUUCGCGCGCGAGGACGGCUCGCAGGAGACGCUCGCCCCGGACGACCUCGGGCGCGUGUUCGCGGCGAAGGCGCGCCUGCUGCAGGCGAACGUGAAGGCGACACACCGCGUGUUCGGGCAGACGGUGUCCCCACACUGCAAGCGCGCGAAGACGUGCGCGGCGGUGCUGGCGCAGCUGCUGGGCAAGCUCGUCGACGACGAGACGGUGAUCGAGUCGCUGCGGUGGUCGUCGCUGUGGGGGACGUACAUCGACAAGAUCGAUGCGGAGGGGGAGGAGGGGCGCCGGCAGCUGUGUGCGCAGUGCCAUCGGAUGAUCUCGUACACGCGGCCGGAGGAGUUCCAGCGGGAGUUGUUCAACGACCUGCCGUCCAUGAUGGGCGUCACCGUGGAGAACUGGGCGGGGAAACUGGAGGAUUAGUUCUGCGCAUACGAGUUGGAUGGUCAAAAGCCUACCGGAUGAGCAUCCAUGGAUGAUAUCUGAGGGAUCAGAGCGUCCGAAC